AUGAAUCUCAUAGCUAGCCCAAUCAUCACGUUGGCCCUCACUCCAGUAAGUGCGUCCAACGUCAAGGCCUACGACAGCCAAGGCCGCUUUCCGAUCAAGAUAAUCGACAGCUUCAAAGACACAAACAUCCAGGAAUUGCACGGCCUGCGAAACGUGGUGGGCGCUUUAUUGCUCCAUCUCCAUGUGCAGCCCAUAGAGGUCACCGAAAAGCACCACAGGAGACCCAUCGCUCCUCUCGGUGUGGACUCUGGAAGAACAGAGCUGCUGGAAGACCAUGGCGGAAUCAUGGGUGCCAGAAGGUGUCCAGUGGGAUCUCUCCUACUCUCCUUCGGCCACGCAAGCAAUUUGGAGCCAUUUCCGACCCGGCCCAUCACCAAGGAAGUUACGAUUGACACGAUGCUCGAUUCUAUUGACAUGGUCGGCCCGGUGAAGUGCAUUCCCGCACAUGCUGAUGCCGCGACUGGAGAUGCGUCUCCCAACGUCGGUGCGACUUUCUGGUUUGGCAUACUUCCCUCGAACCUCCAAAAGUUGUCCGCGUACAGCAGCAACAUUUUCCCACGCCUCUCUGCCUUUUUUCGGGACACUCAAGAGAGCUACUACCAAGCAUCCAUUCAAAACGUUCCCGUUGGCUUCGGCGAGACGGGAUUGCAGUCCAGCAGCUUGGUCGAGUUCGGUCAGAGGGGUCCAGAGUACUUCCGUAACACGCCCAACGGGUUUCUGUCCCCGUACGACACCGGUCCUCAUCUCAACACCGAUAACACAGAACAAUAA